CGCAGCGCAGCGCAUCUUCCUCCGACUCCAAAGCAAAGCCGAUUCGCGAGCCAAACCCUAACCCUACCUCACCGCUCCCAUGGCCGGAGACCCCUCGCCGCCCGGAUCCCCCGGCAAGCCCCGCCGCCGCCGGGAGCGCGACGACGCCGACCCCGCCCCCGACGCCGACGCCGACGCCGACGCCUCCCCGAAGCGCCGCAGGCACCACCACCACCGCCACCACCGCUCCCACCGCCACCGCCGCCCGGACGACGCCCAGCCCCCUCCGCCGCCCUCAGCGGCCGCCGACGGAGAAGACGUCGAGGAAGGGGAGAUACUAGACGAUGCCGCCGCCGGCGCCAUGGAAGUCGACCCCGCAUCUCCGCGAGCCGACCCGAUUGUUCGAAACCCUAGCCAAGCCGACCAAGGGCUAGGCAAAUCCCUGAACGAAUCAAUCGCUUGGAACCACCAACCAACGGCUCGAGCGAAAAGAAUAGAGCUAGCCGGCGAUCAUGCUGCCACCAACUCUGCCGUUGACGUGACGCAGCCUAGUCAUUCUCCGCCCUCAAAAGAUGAAGGCAGGUUGAAUCACACAGCUCGUGGCUCUGAAAGCGGAGGCGUCUUUUCAGGCGACGAGGAUAAUAAUAAUGGUGAAGGACACGGACAGAGUCACAGGGCGUCAAGGUCUCCACGGCCGACAAAGGACAGGGGAAGGAAUCACAAGGACGAGCGUCAAACUCUGUCCUCUAAUAAAGAUUCUCAUCAGAGAGAUCACACCACCAACAGAUCUCCUCCCUCCAGGAACCACGCUCAAGAGGUUCAUUCUAGGAAUCACCCGAGGUCCGGAGAAGCUGAUGCCAAAGCUAAUGGUUCGCGGGCAAGUCCAAGGGCUGACCCUGAUCGUGACAACGACGACAGGAAUGGCUUUGGUAGGCAUGCAACUAGGACACGGGAGGACGAGAGAGAAAGGAGCAGCAGUCGUGUUGUUCGUGACGGACAUAGUGAUAGGCGUGAUAGCCGGGAAAGAUAUAGGGAUGAAACAAGGCACAGCAGCAUAGAUAGAGACAAUGUUGAUCGUAGGCACAGAGAAAGGAGCAGCAGUCAUAGUAGACCUGACAGAAGGGAGAGCGCACGCCACACUCGUGAAGAAAGCAGGGAGAGGGAAAGGCAAAGUGGCAGCUCAAGGCAUAAAGACCAUCAUAAAAGGGAUACAAGCAAGGAUCGUUAUAAAGAUUAUGUCACGGUUGCUACUGGACAUGAAAGGGAUAAAGUGAGAGAUGAUAGAGACAGGGGGCGGCACAGGGAUAGAGAAAGUGAAACUCGUAGAAGUGGAGCUGGAGAAGAACGCAAGGACAGAGUUAGCACUAGUGAUAGGCACAAGGACUCUACACGCUCGAAAUAUAGCACGUCCGAUGCUCAUAAAGACAGGUCAAGAUCUGGGGAGAAAGGCAGAGAUGUAGACAGCAGAAGCGAUCGAUCUAGAGAAAUGAAGGAAAAUUCUUUCAAGGAGGAAGAUGAGGAAGAGUAUCAAGAGAAAAUUGAGCAACAGUUAGCAAUGCAGGAAGAAGAUGACCCUGAAAAAAUUAAGGAGGAAGCGAGGAGGAGGAAAGAAGCUAUUAUGGCGAAAUAUAGGCAGCAACAAGCGCAGAAGCAGCAACCGGAAUCUUUACCUAGAAGCAAUGAUGAAGAAGCAAGAGCAGUGGAUAAAGAUGAGACUGUAGAUAUGAAAGGUGAUAAUGAUAGCAAUUCCACGGACAACGAGGAAGCUGAAAAUAAGCAGGAUUCUUCAGAUGCUUUUGUUGGUGAGGCAGACUUCAGUGUGGGCAAGUCCCCUGCUCAUGAUGCUGUUUUAGCCUGUGCUGAAGCAUUGGGCAAUGAGGGGACAACUGGUGUUUCAGGCCUUGGAGAGGGUACUCCAAAGAGUGAGAGAUCGGCAGAUAUGUUUUGUGAUGACAUAUUUGGAGAGUCACCUGCAGGAUUUCGGAAAUUGGUAUGGCUCUUAUCAGUUUUCUUUAGAGAUGUCAAUACAGAAGUUAAAAAGAUAUAUCUCCUUGACACCUUGUUCUGUUUGAACUUUGAAGAUGAAACUUAUUUUCCCAGUGUCAUAUUAAAAUACCCUUUUACUGUUUACUCAGUCCGAGAUCAUUUUGUUGUGCAGGGCAAGGGAGACGGCUUGUGUAUUGAGAAAAAUGCUCUGCAUGAUAAUUGGGAUGAUCCUGAGGGUUACUAUACUCAUCGAUUUGGGGAAUUGUUGGAUGGCCGUUAUGAAAUUACAGCUGCGCAUGGGAAGGGGGUGUUCUCAACAGUCGUGCGGGCAAAGGAUCUUAAAGCUGGGAAAGAUGAUCCUGAUGUAGUUGCUAUUAAAAUUAUUCGCAAGAAUGAGACAAUGUAUAAGGCCGGUAAGCAAGAGGUUUCAAUAUUAGAAAAACUGGCAAGCGCGGAUCGUGAGGACAGGCGCCACUGCGUGCGGUUCAUUUCUAGUUUCAUGUACCGGAACCAUCUUUGCUUAGUUUUUGAAUCUUUAAAUAUGAAUCUCCGUGAGGUACUAAAGAAAUUUGGUCGCAAUAUUGGGCUUAAACUGACUGCUGUGAGGGCAUAUUCAAAGCAGCUUUUCAUCGCCCUGAAGCACCUGAAAAACUGCAAAGUUCUGCACUGUGAUAUAAAGCCAGACAAUAUGCUGGUGAAUGAUGCUAAGAAUGUCCUGAAGCUAUGCGAUUUUGGCAAUGCUAUGCUUGCUGGAAUGAAUGAGGUCACCCCUUAUCUUGUCAGCCGUUUCUAUCGGGCACCUGAGAUCAUUCUUGGGUUGCCCUAUGAUCACCCAUUGGACAUCUGGUCAGUCGGCUGCUGCCUAUAUGAACUUUCUACUGGAAAGGUCCUGUUUCCAGGUGCAACUAAUAAUGAUAUGCUUCGUCUUCAUAUGGAACUGAAGGGCCCCUUCCCUAAGAAGAUGCUCCGAAAGGGUGCUUUCACGAUGCAACACUUUGACCAAGAUCUCAAUUUUAACGCUAUUGAGGAAGAUCCUGUGACCAAAAAGCCUAUGAGGAAGUUGAUUCUUAACAUCAAACUGAAGGAUUUUGGUUCUUUGGUUUCAAAUUUUCCUGGCGAGGACCCAAAAAUGCUCUCCAAUUUUAAAGACCUUCUUGAAAAAAUAUUUGUCUUAGAUCCAGAUAAGAGGAUAACCGUAUCACAGGCACUUAGCCAUCCAUUUAUCACUGGCAAGUGAAAAUAAGAUGUUGAUUCCUCUUGACAUUGUAAACUACAAUUUGGGUUCCUCUUGUCUAAUCAUCGGCAUUUCUAUCUUGUGUCUGGGAGCUAUGAGAUCUGAGUGCGUGCCCAAAUGGACGAAGCAUGGGGUUGCUGAAGAGAUGCUGUCUUACGGACCUUGCUGCAUGCACUUACCAUUUGGAUAGUUCUGUUGCUUGGUUUCUGCCAGGGCCUCUGCUGCAUGCACUUAUAUUUCCUAAAGGACCAACAAAAGAAGGUACCCUGGUUGCUAUCUGGGUUACUUGUGUGUUUGAACACCAUAGACCAUUGUUUUCUUCCUCUAUUGAAAUCUGAUGAUUCUGCGAUUAAUUUUGUUAGACGAGUCAUGUGUAGAUGUAGUGAUACUGAAGGUGCCCUGGUUGAUAUCUGGGUAACUUGUGGUUGAACACCAUAGAACAUCAUUUCUUUUUCUCUUUUGAAAUCUGAUGAUUCUGUCAUUAAUUUUGCUAGAUGAGUCAUGUGUAGGCGUAGUGAUACUGAAGGUGCCCUGGUUGACAUCUGGGUAACUUGUGUGGUUGAACAUCAUAUAACAUCAUUUCUUUUCCUCUUUUGAAAUCUGAUGAUUCUACGAUAAAUUUUGCUAAAUGAGUCAUGUCUAGAUGCAGCAAUACUGAAUUUUGUCAAUACCCGUCCUUUCUGAAUUUAGCAUUUCUUUGCCAUUUGGGAUGGCUAUGGUAUGGCAAAUGAAAUGCCAAGAACUCUAAACUCUUUCAUCCCUACAUUUUGCCAUGCCACCUUUCUCUACCUGUAGGAUGAUUAGUGAAUGGGGGAAUAGUUGCGUGUGAAGUGAUCAAAAUACAAACAAAUGUAGCUUGUCAUUUCCUUUUCCAUGGGACCGUUGAAGUUAUGGAUCUUUUUUGAGAAUUUGAUGUAGACUGAAAGUCCACACUGCUAUCUACUUCUGAUAUUCUGUACGAAUGGGCUUGUGAUGUUCAUCUUUCCUCUAUUAGUUGUGCUUGCUUUACGGAAAGGGUUCUAAGAAAGUCUUUUCUUGUUAUGCACCACUAUCACUCCAUGUGGAAUAUCAGUCAAAAGUUUUUAUUUUGCUUUUAUGUUUGUUGAGGUCCAGGGAUGGAGAUUCCUGGAUGCACUGGGUAUUACUACACCUUGUCUUGGUAACCUCUUUCAACUAGCUGGAUGUGUCAAUGUUUCAGUUCGUCAUUAAGAGUCUUUUUCAUACAAAUGUUUUCUGUAUAUAGGUCUAGAUGUUAUUUUGAUCCCUUACAGUUUAACGAACUUAGAAUUCAUUGUAAGCCAUGCUUCUAUGUAGAUCCGCUACAGUUUUUUUGUUAAAAAGAUGGCAAGUUUUUAUGGAGAAACUAAAACGUUAUUUUGUAUUACAACUCCUGUAGCAUUUGGCACUAUCCUGCAGUGAGAAAUCUUAGUCGUAUGUAGCAAAUAAUCUGCAUGUGUCCAAAAACUUAGCACAAGUAUAUAUAUGCAUGUAGCAUGGUGGAAGUAGGACUGAAUGCUAGUUUAUUAACUGAGGCAAAGCAUCGUCCCUUGUCAGUUGCUUCCUCCAUCAAAGUUUUAAGGCCACUUAGUCUGGUUAAGUCAAAACUGUUCUAAAUUCGAGCUAGUUUGUAGAAGAAAAUAUCAACAUGUAUACAAUACCCAAUAAAUACAUUAUUACGAAGACCUAUUUCAUGACUGAUCUGGUGUUCUUUUUUCUACAAAUUUGGUCAAACGAAGUGGCCUUUUAUAUGCAUAGGUAAGAGGGAGUAAGAGAAGGCAAAGGCAAAUGGCUAGCUGUACUUGUCCCAUGUUGAUAGGUUCACGUGGGCUUUUGCUAAUUUUAUUACCUGAAACCUGGCAGUUUAUCCUGAAGCUCAUGCUUUUAGUUCCGUCCAGUUGGAUGCAAGCCAUUUUCAUUUUUGACCUGAUCAUACAUGCUACAUGCGUAUGUAUGCAUCAUGAAACAUUGGCAUUCAUCUAGAUGAUCAAGCGCCUCGAUGGAUAUAGCCUUUUGUCUUGGAUGAGUGUGUAAUUGCCUGGUUUCCUUUCACCCGUGUCAGAAAACUUGACCUUGGACUUGAGAAAUUAGUAUUGCUGUUCUUUUAGACUUUGUGUCUCACUUUUUAAAUCAUACUUUGCCUUCUCUUAUUUCUUUGUUCAUGUUUUGAGUGUCCACUGACAUUUUGAACCAUGUAAAACUAUAACAUGAAUAAAUAUAUUUCCGUCGUAGUUAA